AUGUCAUUCAAGUUCUUAAAACACUCACAUAUUCCAUCUAAAAAGUGGUUUUACAACAAUCUAAAGGGAGAAUCAGUUUCAUCAAACGAUUAUAAUGAAAUGGUAUUCACUCACACCAACCUGUACGAUUUGCUGAACGACUACAACAAUUUGGAUGUGAAGCCAAGCGUAGAAGCGACAAAGAAGCUGGGUAAUUUCUUUCAGUCGUUGAAUCUUGAUAUCCACAAAAACAGCAUCUUUGUUCCUAGACUCACUCUGAAAUAUCUCUGGCACACAAAAAGCAAAGACUGCGAGUUUCAGUUAUUCAAAGGGAAUGAAGAAUUGUACCACAAAUACAGAGAUGAUCUGAAAAAGACAACCAGAAUUAGAAAAGGAAAGCUUUGUCAGGGAAUACUUGAAUAUGAUACCAAUGCUUUAUAUCUGUGGGUGAUAAGUCAAGAUAUGCCGUGUGGUGAGCACCAAGUAGUUCAAGUUUAUCCCGAUAUUCUGAAAGAUGUCUUGGAUAACACGUUCUUUGGAAUGAUAGAAUGUGAUAUUGCUGUUCCUGAACAUUUAAAGGAAUGCUUUGCUGGAAUGCCUCCUAUUUUCAAGAAUGUUGAAAUUACAUGCAAUGAUUUAAGCUCUGACACACAGGCACAUGUCAAACCAGAUCACAAAAGUAACAGAUUAGUUGAAAGUAUGUUUGGUGAGACGAUGAUGUUUGCUACUAAACUGCUGAAAAGGUAUUUUGAGCAUGGAUUGGUUGUUUCAAAUAUUGCUUUUGCUGUAAGAUAUGAACUUAAAGUACAUUUCAAGUCGUUUUCUGAGCAAACAGUCAAGAUUGUUACUGGAGAUAACUACAUCAAAAACAUCAGAAGGAAUAAUUACAUUGAACAUCAAGACAUGAACAAAGGAUGCGAGUUUCGUUUCAAAAAGAUGUCGUUCAAACAAAGUUUACCUAUUCAUAUUAGAUUUCAAGUGUAUCAAUUAGCGAAACUACGAAUGCUUCAAUUUUACUACGACUCUAUUGAUUAUUCCAUUGACAAAAGUGAUUAUCAGUACUGUAUGAUGGACACUGAUUUAGCUUACAUUGCUAUAUCUGAUGAAUCGUUAGAAGUCAUAAAACCAAGCUUAAAAGAUGAAUUUAAAAAGAAUCGGCAUCUGUGGUUGGAAAGAGACGAUACCAUUGAGAAUAAGGUGUAUGACAGCAGAACACCGGGUCUGUUCAAGUUGGAAUAUGAAGGAACCUGCAUUAUAUCCUUGGCCAGUAAAAUGUACUAUUGUGAUGAAAACAAAUUCAGUUUAAAAGGGAAUUAA